AUGAAGUUCCUCGUCUUUGCCACGGCCGCUCUGGCGUCGCCGUCGCUUGUCAGACGCGACGACGCCUCGAUCAGUGACGACAUCAGCGCCAUCGUGGCCAGGACCAAUGCUCUCAACACCGUCAUCAACAACUACCAGGGCGCAGCCCAGAACCCGGCCCUGUUUGACUCCGCCAGGGCCACCAUCCAGUCCAUCCAAAAGGCCGUCGUUGACGCCGGGAACUCGCCCGACCUGACCUUUAACCAAGGGCUCGCCCUCGUGGCGCCCAUUGGCACCCUGACAAAGGCGGUCGACGCGGCCUCCAAGGCGCUGAUCAGCAAGAAGCAGGCUGUCUUUGACGGCGGACGUGCGUGCGAAGCGUUGCCCUUGAUUCAGACCAUGCAGCAGACCGCCAAGGAUUUUGUAAAGGCCCUCACGCCAAAGCUUCCAAGCUCACUACAGUCUUUGGCCCCUCGGCUAUCGCAGCCUAUCAUCGACAGUUUGCAGAAGGCCAUCGACGCGUUUGCCGACGCCAAGUGUGCUGCGGCCUCGACGUCCCAGGCGGGGAGCGUCACCGCGACUUCCUCGGCUGCCACCACCGGUGCUGCUACCACCCAUCCCAGCGCUGCAGUGACGACGACGUCCCAGGCUGCCACGGAAACAGAUACUGACUGCGACGACGAGACAAGCUCUUCUACUGCUGCCCGUUCCACGGCUGUCGCAACUACAACCGCAUCGGUUACCUCUGCUGCCACCACCAGCGCUGCCACCACCCAGACCAGCGCUGCAGUGACGACGACGUCCCAGGCUGCCACGGAAACAGAAACCGACUGCGACGACGAGACGAGCUCUACUACUGCUGCCCGUUCCACGGCUGCCGCAACUACAACCGCAUCGGGUACCUCUGCUGCCACCACCAGCGCUGCCACCACCCAGACCAGCGCUGCAGUGACGACGACGUCCCAGGCUGCCACGGAAACAGAAACCGACUGCGACGACGAGACGAGCUCUUCUACUGCUGCCCGUUCCACGUCUGUUGCCACCUCCCCCGCUUCGGUCCCUCCUGCGUCUACCACCAGUGUUCCUGUCAUCCCGACUGCUUCUUCUGCCUCUUCUUCUGCUCCCGUCGUUUCCACGUCCCCUGCCACUUCUGCACCCGUCCUGUGCACUAGUUGCGCCACUUCUCCUGUUCCCGUCACUUCCACCGGGUCUGCGGCAUCUCCCACCGUCGCCACCGAAACGGACACGUUGGUGGUCACGCAAACGGUGCCGUGCACGACGGGGACCGCGACUGGCGGCGCCGGCACCCAGUCUGCUAGUGGUUCUGGUGUCCAGCCCUCCGCUGGUUCUGCGACUGCUCCUGCUCCCGUCGUUUCCACCGGGUCUGCGGCUUUGCCGACUGUCGCCACCGAAACGGAUACGCUGAUGGUUACCCAGACUGUGCCGUGCACCACUGGCUCAAACAGCCAUCCCACUGGCGGCAACGACAGCCAGCCUUCUCAACCCGCUGGAGGCAACGGCAGCCAACCCUCUCAGCCCGCUGGAGGCAACGGCAGCCAGCCCUCUCAACCUGCUGGAGGCAACGACAGCCAGCCCUCUCAGCCCGCUGGAGGCAACGGCAGCCAGCCCUCUCAGCCCGCUGGAGGCAACGACAGCCAGCCCUCUCGGCCCGCUGGAGGCAACGACAGCCAGCCCUCUCGGCCCGCUGGAGGCAACGACAGCCAGCCCUCUCAGCCCACUGGAAGCAACGGCAGCCAGCCCUCUCAGCCCGCUGGAGGCAACGGCAGCCAGCCCUCUCAGCCCGCUGGAGGCAACGGCAGCCAGCCCUCUCAGCCCGCUGGAGGCAACGGCAGCCAGCCCUCUCAGCCCGCUGGAGGCAACGGCAGCCAACCCACUGGUGGAUCUGGAUCUGGCCCCGUACCCUCCACCCUCGUGCCCGUACCCUCUGGAAAUGGCGGCAGCGGCGGCAGCGGUGCCACAAGCAGCUCCUCCGGCCCGACUCCCUCUCCCGUUUUGGCUGCUGCCUUCCGUGGCCAGGCUUCCGUCGGCGUAGCUGCUGUCGCUGCGGGUCUUGCGGGUCUUGUCAUUAUGUAA